CUCUGUUAUUCGCAGCCGAUUCUUUGCUCUCAUUUUAGUGUUUCUUUUUCUCCACUCACCUUUCCCGCUCUCUCUCUCUCUUUCUUAAAGCCUUACAUUCUUUAGCACCACACACCUACACCUACUAACCAUAUUUAUCCAUUUUUGACAUACAUCACACUUUGCCCUUUCCAGCACAAAAAAAAGAAUAGUUUUGUUUCUUCUCUCCCUAUUUUUUGUAAAUACACUGUUCCACAUAUCCUAAUGAAAUUCAUCCCAGAAAAUUAAAGAAUAGAUGAAUACAAGAAUUAGUAAUUCCAAGAAACCACCUCAAAAUGGGAGCAAGUCAGACAAAUUAGGCAGAAAGUUGGCGUUAUUACAAGAUGUUGAGAAUCUGAAGAAGAAGCUGAGGCAUGAGGAGAAUGUGCACAGAGCUUUGCAGAGAGCCUUUCAUAGGCCUUUGGGCGCCCUGCCUCGCCUUCCUCCUUAUCUCCCUCAAUAUACUCUGGAGCUUGUAGCAGAAGUUGCAGUGUUGGAAGAGGAGGUUGUUAGGCUUGAAGAGAAGGUUGUCAACUUCAGACAAGAAGCUGCUCACAUAUCCUCCUCAACACCUGAAUUCCCAAUCACAACCUCUAAAACCAAGCAUUCAAGGGCUUCCUCCCAAAGUGAAAUCGACACGGGACCAUCCCUUUCUAGGAUCGCUUCAUCUAGAAAGUUCGCAUCUCUCGAGAGGCCAUCGGAUGGAUCAAGAAAACCGCAUCAAAACGAUCGAAUUCUUGCAUUCGACACUCAAUCCGAAAGGGAUACUAAUAGCAAAUCACUUCCUGUGAAGAAGCAUUGUAGGAUUGUGGAGCAAGCACAUGAUGAGGGAGGCGGGGACGUGGAGAGUGAGGCGAAUAAAACGUCGCAGGAUGUGUUGAACUGUCUGAUCAGCAUCUUUGUGAGAAUGAGUUCCUCGAGAAGGAAGACGAUGGAUCUCUCUUCGUUGGCGUACAACGAGGAAUCCAGCUUCCGGGAUCCUUACUUCAACUGUUCCGAGUUGAAGAAGAGGGACGUUGGCGUCUACAAACAUCUUUAUGUGAUAGAAGCCCACCAAGUGGAUCAGAAACGCAGAGCAAACGCUGUGUUUCUGAUCCGUAGGCUUAGGAUUCUCUUAGACAAGCUAGCAUGUUUGAAGUUGGAUGGUUUAAGUCAUCAUCAAAAACUAGCAUUCUGGAUUAACAUCUAUAAUUCCUGUGUUAUGAAUGGAUUCUUGCAGGAAGGAAUACCAGAGAGUCCUGAAACGACCGUGGUACAAAUGCAAAAGGCAACGAUAAGGGUAGGGGGGUACGUGCUAAAUGCACUCACAAUCGAGCACCUUAUCUUGAGACUUCCAUAUCACUUAAAAUAUACGUGCACAAAGUCGACCAGGAAUGGCGAGAAGGAUAUCUGCAGGGUGCUCGGUUUGGAGUGGUCGGAACCAUUAGUCACAUUUGCCCUCUCCUCCGGUAGUUGGUCCUGCCCUGCGUUGAGGGUGUACACCGCGUCCCAUAUCGAGAGCGAGUUGGAGGCAGCAAAGAAGGCUUACCUACAAGCAGCAGUAGGCAUAUCAGCAGCAUCGAACAAGUUGGUAGUUCCGAAGCUACUGGAUUGGUAUCUUCUUGACUUUGCAAAGGAGAUGGACGCGUUGCUCGACUGGAUCUGCUUGCAGCUUCCGGAUGAGCUGAGGAACGAAGCAGUCCAAUGCCUCGGGAGCAAGGAUAAAGAGCCUGUGUCGGAGUUGGUUGAGGUGACACCAUACAAUUUUAGUUUCAGAUACCUUGUACAUCGAUGACAUUGUUAGGAACUUGGAGUUGCCUACAAAUCAGCAGAGGGAAUAGUCACUGGGCCCGCCGAUGGAUACCCUUGGUAAUUACUAAAAAAAAUACAGGACAGUAUACUACUAGAUCAAAGAGAAUAAUUCUUCUAUAUUACAACAAUAAACCAGAACCUAUUUUAUUGUUUAAACCUGUGUUGUAGACUUAUAUUAUGUCAUGCAAA